UGCAGCGCCCACCUCCUCCAGGAUCUCGUCCGAGUGGCGUUGUCUCACCUGCCUCCCUGCCUGCCCCUGGUGGGGCUCCAGCUGCCCGGGGGGGGGGGCACGCACUGAGCGGCCGGCUCGGCCCCCAGGCCCUGCUCGGCCCCUCCCAUCCCUGACCCUCUGAGGCUCCAGUGUUGCAGGUGCCAGGGAGACGGCGAGUGGGGAGGGCGCAAGCUGGGCAGCAAAAGGCCACGGGGCGGGGACUCGGGGGGCUGGGGAUUAUAAAGUGCAGCGGCUGAGCGGGGGGCCCGCCUGUGGUGAGGUGCCUCUCUGCCCACGGCUGCUCGCUCAGGACUCGGCGUGAGUAGGCUCAGCCUGCCCGGGGCUCUGGAGAACUCGGGUCCUUGCUGGGCUCUCUCCGCUGGCCACAGCUGCCGCCCCCUGCUCCCCACGUCCUUCUGUGCCGCCCUGCGGGUGUGCGGCACCCUGGCUGCUUCCCUGCCUGGCCCGGCUGCUCCUGGGGGGCUGGCGGGGUCUUGCCCUCUGGCAGCAUGGGGGGGCCUGGCGUGGGGCCCCCUCUGCGCUGUGCCCUUCCCUAUGGGGUGGCUUGGGCGAUAGCCCUGCCCUGUUCCUUAGAUGGCUGCUGCCCGCCGCUGUCUGUCGCUGCUUCUCCUGGGCACCUGCGUGGCUCUGCUGCUGCCGGGAGCCCGGGGAGCCCCGCUGGAGCCUGUGUACCCCGGGGACAACGCGACGCCCGAGCAGAUGGCUCAGUACGCAGCGGAGAUGCGCCGAUACAUCAACAUGUUGACCCGGCCCAGGUGGGCACAGGGGCCCUGGCUCUCUGCGAUUCUGCCGUUACCCAGCCCCGGCCCCCAAGGGUCACCCCGGGCAGCAGGGAGGAUGGCGCCCACGUGCAAAUGGGCACAGCACCCACCCGGCGCCUCCUCCCUCAGGUACGGGAAGAGCGCCGAGGAGGAUGCGCUGGGCUCUGCGUCGACCCCAGGUGGGUUCCAUCACCACCUGUCGGCUCGGCUCCUUGCAGCCAAGGCGCGGACAGGGCUGCCGGGCAGUCCCCCGAGGACACAGGGUGGUCCCCACCGCCAGGCCCACCCUCUCCCCGCAGGGAGCUGAGUCCGUGGAUGAGCGGCGCCAGGCGCCGCCCCACCCCCA